AUGUCCUCCGUACUCACCAGGCAAUACGAACGGGACAUCGGUAUCUACGCCCUCGACUCCAACCCCAUGAUCGCGCAGGUCGGCAAAAUGGCCGAACAGCUUCUGUGGCAGAUCAAUUGGAAGAGUUCCAGAGACAAUCUCGUGUCCACGAUCUACUUCAAUGUUGUGCGCUUGGUGAGUUACGUCGAGUAUGGACUAACUUUCGACCUUCAGAAGGAGAAAGAGGAGCUUGAGGAGACGAUUUCAAAGGCUUCUUAG